UUUGCUGCUCUAUUUUUAAGAAAACGAAGUCCGUCUUAUAAUGUUCUAGGAGGAACUGGUAUAAAGUACCAAUCUGUCAGAAGCUGAAUGAUGCUUAUAGUAAUUCGCAUCAUUCUACCUUGGAUAUCGUUAUGGUCAGCCACGACGCCUACAUACGCGCAGGCACGAGUUAAUAACAACGACAAGUUCGAUUUGGGCGUCGAUAGCUUAGGCAAAGCUCGACCCAAGCGAGCGGCUUUAGCCACAAUCAACCGCCUUCCUCACCGUGCAGCACCUACCUUUGACAAUAGUCAUAUCAUUGAGAGUGUCGCUAAUGGCAACCCCAGACCAAGAGUGGCAAUCUUCGAAGACGAUGAUCAAUCUGCUCAUCAUAGUCUGCGUGUCGUUAUGUUUCGUCUCGCCCACAGCUGCACCUGACGAUUUCGGGCAGAGGAUUCCAGACAACGAUUUCGGCUUUCGAAUCGAAGACUUCGGCAAUGUGCUCGUAAAACGAUCAGUAAAUCGCCCAUACAAGAGCUCGUCGUCAGUUGUUGGCAGUAAUCAUUUAUUUGAAGGUAUCGUUGAUGGUUACCUCGCAUCAAGCGUCACGAUUUUUGGGGAUGGCCAACAGUACAUCGGAUUUGCUAAUAUCGAUGGCAACGAUUACGACAUCACUGCGAAAGCCUCCUCAUUAAAGAAACAGUCCUACUGGGCAGGUGCAAGAAAUGUGCGUAUAAUGAAAGCGAAACGUCGUAAUAAAGCAAUAACCGCUUACCAACAAAACAAGGUUUACGACUGUUCAAAGUUGAAAGAGGUAACCGCCCCCGAAAAUAAGCUUAAUAUCAGGAAGGACCUGACCAAUAACAUGCACUGCACAUUAAGAGUAGUGUGCGAUUUUCAUUUCAUGGUUCGAGUCGGAGAAGGGCUAGCGGAUAAGGCCCGGUUUGAAAUGGCGGCGCAAGUAGCUUUCGCAGAUUUUAUUUUCGGAAAAACCCCUUUUCGCGAUUCCAACAAUACCUACACCGGCUUUAGGUUUUCAGUAGGCGAACACAAAGUCCUAGAGAAUUUUACCGAUGCUACACAUUACGGCAUGGAGUACCCUAUAGAGGAUCCUGCUAUUGCACUACAGAUGUUCUCCGUCAAUGAUUCCGGAGAUAAUGACGGAUAUUGCGGCGCAGUGUUGUUUUCGGGGAGAAAAUACGAAGGUUGCCCGAGACUCUUGACGUCCUACAUCGGGGACUUGGAAUACGUACUUGGGGCAUGCGCGCCUAAGCGUAGAAUAUAUGACUCGCCUCCAUUCUUCAUAACACCGAAUACCAUCCUUAUAGCUGCAAUACGAGAUGAUGAAGUUGUUAGCCGAGAGCAACUAGUUGAAGCUUUAGUGCGAGGGCUUGCGCGUAUUUUAGGAGCAAGGAGCAUUCCGCAGCUCCAUCCUUCCGAAUUAGAGUCCUCGAAAAUGAAAAAAUCCAAAAAGCGAAAUCGCAAAAGACUGUUGCCCAAGUUUUCCCAACAGCAGAUCGAGGAAAUGUCGUUUUUUAUGCGGCACAAACAGUGCCUCAUGCGAAAGGGAUUUUGCGGUAAUCUACUCGUUGAGGGUAAGGAACAAUGCGACGAAGGGCCGUUGGGAGGCCCAUGCUGUUCUCCGACUUGCCUACUGGAAUCGGGAGCCGAAUGCAGUGAUCAAAACUAUGGAUGCUGCGAGUUUUGUUCAAUCUCUCCGGUGACGUGGAUCUGUAGCGCUCCAGACUACGAUAAUUGUAGAGACGUGGGUCGUUGUACAGGCAGAAGUCACGUAUGCCCUGAAAUACCAGCCAAAAACGGAACUCGGUGUCGGGACCACGGCCUUUGCAGGGACGGGGUAUGUCGACACAUCUGUGAGGAGCUCGGCUUGACGAAGUGUUUCUGUAGCGAUAAGGAGGACCAAUGCAAAGUUUGCUGUAUCCAUCAGACGAGAUGCAAGCCAUUCGGGGUUCCGCUCUAUCUCGAUGAAGAUUCACCCUGCGCCGCCGGUAAAGUCUGUAGAAAUCACAAGUGUGUUCCUAUAAGUUCAGGCGCGGGUUUAUAAGAGGGGCGAUCUGGGCUUCGGCUACGGGAUCGAUGUCGUCGCCGUAAGCUCAACUAAAAUACGCACAUCACAAGACGAUAUGACGAUAUGAAGUUCCAUACGUUUUAAACGCUUAAUUCGUUUAGUAGGCAUCAGUAAAACGUUUUUUGCUACCCAAUUACUGCGGCUAUCAUUAUGUAUGCCAAAGUCGAUAUCAAGUCAUCUAUACAUACGAUAUUAUACUACACCGGCUAGUUGACGCCCAGCACCUGACACAGCAUUAUAUACAAACUGUCCCAUACGGUAUAAUUUUUCGACGAUGAAGCGUCAGCUAUUGCACCGAUGAGACUUAAAACAGAAAAACACAAAAUCAGUUCUAAUCUGGUUUGCGGAAAACUGCUGUAGACCGUGGACGUGGGGAGAGGGUAUUAGAUGUUAGAACAGAGUUUUAUUUUCUGUCGGUGUUGCCAGUGUAAACAGACGAUCGCUAGCAAACUGCUUUGAUUCCGAAGCACUACUGGAUCCGUCUACCACCGUAACCUGGUCGAAAGUACGCCUAUUUGUUUAGCCUAAAGCGCGUACUAAACAAUCAUGAAUUCAAUUGUUUGUCAUUGUCAGCAGCAAAAAUCUUCAUUCUAUUAGGGCAUAUACUUAUAUAAUACAAUAUAAUACUAAUACAAUAUUUAUAUAGAGAAUACGAAGAAAAGGUUGUCAGCGAGAACCGAGCACCUGAUCACCGAGGUUUAUAAAUAUAAGGCAAGAGCUGCCGUCAUAUGGGCACGGUGCUUAACCGGAUUGAAGCAGACUUUCGCUAUAGGAAAUUUGGCUUUUACAUAUGUAUAUUAAGUAUUGGAAACGUAGUAUUUUACGACCAAAUGUGAGAGAAGCGUUACUACCUGUUAAAUUGCUAAGUCUUGGAAAAAAGACGCUGCGUAUUUGAUGUAGCGGAACCGUGCAGCUAACCCCUAUAUAGACGACUUUGGACAUCUUAAACUGCGCUACUUCGUAGCCAUUAUUUAAAAGGCUCAUUGGCAGAAUCUAUGCUGGGAUCCAAUGAAAGUUCUAAAGUGAGCAAAUGUGGAGCAUCCUAUUAGAAUGUUCUAUAAUCAUGUGGAAAGCCUUUAUUUUCGUUGGUUGUUCUACUUGCCUUUUAUGAAGUUCUACAGGCCUAUGCACCUCGAUUAGUUUUUAAUAUCCGUGGGGUCUGUCCUUAUCCAGUUCUUGUUCUUUUGCCAUUUAUAAAUAUAAGGCGAAUAUAAGGCCAUUUAGAGUUAUAAAAUUCUGACUUUUUUUUUCGAAAGUCAGGAAUAUAUUUUAGUAUGAUCACGUGGGGCGCUCAUAAUUUACAGUUUUUCCAGGUCGUUGCAAA